CCCAAAGAAAAGAUGAUGAUCAGAGCAGUGGGAACGCUGCUAGUCAUUUGGUUGGCUUUAGCCCAAGGAACUCUGCCCAACCACGACCUCCUUUUUAAGAAUGAAAAUGAAAUCUCCUCCAUGGCGGAUUACGAACGGUUAAUGGAGCUGCGUUCCUUGGGAAUGGAGUUCUUUCGAGAGUUUCGGAACAUGUCCUCAACGGACUUGCAUCUCCUUGAUGGACGGCUCAGCGAGCAGGAUCUGGUGUGCCUGGCAGACAUGGCCCAGUUUAUGAGUGGCCUCACUUCCACCAAGAGAUGGGCCAUCAAAAUGAUUGAUGCCUGGGGCACAGUUCCCUCGGGAUACUUGUAUGGCAACCGCAUCGACAUGGGAAACUACGAGGAGUGUCUCAAGGUGGAUGGUGCCAUCAGUGAAACGCACAGCAUCAAGGGGAAGUAUUGCUUUAUGAAUCUGCCAGUUUACAAGUGGUUUGGCCUCACUUCGGGAGUCCUCAAGCUGACCAGCAUGCAGACCGCUCUGUGCUUUCCCUCCUCCUGUUCUGCAAGUGCCAUGGAGACCUUCCUGAAGCAGCUGCUCCAGAGACUCCUGGGUGUUGAUGACCCUAGCAAUUUGUUUUCGAUUAGCGAGAAGUCGUGCAAAGUGAAGGAGAGUGAUCCCCUGGAUGGAUUAACCAUAUUUACCAUUGUCCUACUGUCCGCAUUUUGCACUACGGUGGUCGCUUGCACCCUCUACGACUACUUUUUGUGUCCGGAGCAGGAUAAGAUUCCCAGACUUAUAAAGGCCUUCUCUGCCCGUGCCACGUCGCGAUCCCUGUUCACUGUUGUGGACAACAAGGCAAGUCCAAAUGUGAUCCAUUGUUUGAAUGGCAUGCGCUGCAUGUCCCUCCUCUGGGUGAUUCUGGGCCAUGAGUACAGCAUCAACCUGAAAUCGCCGGCUGUCAAUGUGGCGGAUAACUUGGUAUGGAUGUCGCAACCCUUCAGCAGCUUCAUUAUCUACGCGCCCUUCGCGGUGGACACUUUCUGCUUCAUCAGUGGUUUGCUCUUGGUCGCCAUUGGCCUGCGCUCUUUGGAAAAAACCAAGGGAAGGCUGAACGUACCGCUUAUGUAUCUGCAUAGGUAUCUGCGCCUAACUCCCAUUGUGGCCGUUGCCAUACUAGUCUACCUUAAGAUGAUACCCCUUUUCGCCGACGGUCCUAUGUACGAUAAAACCCGGAUGUUUGACUACUCAACCUGCGAUAAUACCUGGUACUUGACCUUGCUCUACGUUCAGAACUACGCCACCUCCCACAUGUGCCUUCCACAUACCUGGUACCUGGCGGUGGAUAUGCAGCUAUACAUCCUGUCCCCCAUCCUGCUGAUCGGCCUCUACAAGUGGGGCAAGAAGGGAGCCGCGGGCAUCCUGCUGGUGAUGCUGUUGCUCUCCGCCUGUCUGUUUGCCACCAUAAUGACAAAUGACUACAACAUAAUAUUCAAAAAUGGUGGACAGCUUCCAGAGGUACAGAAGAAGAUCUACUAUGCCACACAUGUCCAUGCGGCGCCCUGGUUGAUUGGCACCCUCUUCGGGUACUUCUUGCACGUGACUCGCGGCAGGAAGGUGCAGCUGAACCGCCUGGCAGUCUGGGCAGGAUGGCUGCUCUCUUUGGCCAUGAUGUUCACCGCGAUCUUCGCCCUGUACCCAUAUGCCAAGCUGCGAGGUCCUUCGCCCACAGUCCUGGAGGGAGCCCUCUACUACACUCUGACCCGAAUCGGCUGGCCUCUGGCCCUCUGCUGGGUGGUCUUUGCCUGCAUGCAGGGAUAUGGAGGACUGGCCAACGGCUUCUUGUCGUCACCCAUCUGGCAGCCCCUAUCGAAGCUCUCCUACUCGGCGUACAUUUGGCACAUCUUCAUCCAGGAGGUCAACCACCGACGCAUUCGGUCAAAUACCUACUUUUCCAACUACGACGUGAUGCUUAGCUUCUGGGCCACCUUUGGGUUCACCCUAUUGAUGUCCUAUGUGCUCUACGCCAUUAUUGAGGCACCUCUGGAGGGGCUAGAGAGAAUGAUGUUGCCCAAUCGAAGGAGCUCGCCGGCACCUAAAAAGGAGACCCGAACCGAGGUCCAUAUCCGUCAGGAGGAACAACCCAAGAAGGAUAGUGAGGCGCAGUUGGACCAGGCUAACCCGGAUUGGGCCAGCACGAAAGCAACCAAAGACCUUGAGUCAUAAUA